AUGUCCCUGGAAAAAGAACAGGAACUGAUAAAAUGUGCCAACACAUCCUGCCAACAAUUAAAACGUCCUGGUGCCGAGUUCCUACGACAUCCGGCAACUAAGGAGAGAGUAUGCCGUGCCUGCUGGCAAUAUUAUUAUAACAAAGGGAAAGACCGAGAAGUGAAGAGAAGAAACGAGCAACAUGAAACAAAUUGCGGCAACACACUGUGCAAGAUAUUACUACUUCCAGGAAAAAUCGCGGCUCACCCUGUCACUAAAGAGCGGAUUUGCAUUAAUUGCUGUGCCUACUAUAAAAAAUAUGGACGCGAUCGAGAAGUGGUAGCAGGAAAACUGAAGAAGUUCACGGAACCGAAAGCUCGUGAAAGUUGUGCCAACACAUUUUGUAAGCAACAAUACUAUCCGAAAGACCUAAGGCCUCAUCCUGUGACUAAGAAGAAGAUUUGCCUGUGA